UAGCCGGCCGAGGGGGGAGGUGAAACCGAGGAAGUCAAUGGCUCAAUGCCCGUACUUCCACAUGGGGAGCAGGUCAAGAACCUCUUGCUCUUGACGCUAGCGCGAUCUAAUUAGGAGUUCAACCUGACAAUCUCUCGAGUUCUUGAUCUGCUCUUCUCCCCGCCGCACCCGUUCUCCUUGGGCCUUGGGUGAUCAAGGCAUGGGAGGCCCCUCCUGGCCGGACUUGCAGUGCCUGCUGCGGCGGAAGCCGGCGGCCGCGAGCUCCGCCGGCCGCGCCGAGGCUGCCGAUGGGGGCGGCGGACAGCACCUCGCCAAGACGCUUACCAUUCCCCACCUCGCCGCCAUCGGUGUUGGUUCGACGAUUGGCGCUGGCAUCUACGUCCUUGUUGGAACUGUGGCCCGUGAGCACACAGGACCAGGUCUGACGGUGUCCUUUCUGAUAGCCGGCGUCGCUGCAGCCCUUUCAGCUUUGUGCUAUGCUGAGCUCUCCUGCUGUUUCCCUUCGGCAGGGAGUGCCUACCACUACUCCUACAUCUGCAUUGGAGAGAGUGUUGCUUGGCUGAUUGGGUGGGCCUUGAUCCUUGAGUACACGAUAGGGGGAUCAUCAGUGGCACGCGGCAUAUCACCAAACUUGGCUUUAUUUUUUGGUGGCCAAGAUAAGUUGCCCUUCUUUCUAGCACAAGUCCAUGUUAAAGGGCUAGACACCCCAGUUGACCCUUGUGCUGCUAUUCUUGUCCUGAUAGUUACUGCAUUACUGUGUCUGGGAAUUAAAGAGAGCUCAUUUGUGGAAGGCAUCAUCACCACUGCAAACAUCAUAGUCAUGCUCUUUGUUAUCUGUGCUGGUGGAUGGUUAGGAUUCAGGAAUGGCUGGGUCGGUUAUAAAGGGCCAGAAGGUUACUUCCCUAAUGGUGUUGGUGGAGUCAUUUCUGGAUCGGCAACCCUCUUCUUCGCGUUCAUUGGCUUCGACACAGUAGCUAGCACGGCUGAGGAGGUGAAGAAUCCUCAGCGCGAUCUUCCACUGGGGAUGGGCCUGACACUGUCCCUGUGCUGCUUCCUCUACAUGAUGGUCUCUGCUGUUGUGGUUGGUCUGGUUCCCUAUCACGCGAUUGAUCCUAACACUCCUAUUUCUUCUGCGUUUGGGCAAUACGGGAUGCAGUGGGCAGAGUAUGUUGUUUCCAGUGGGGCUGUUCUUGCCCUCGUAGCAUCCUUGAUAGGCGGUAUUCUUCCCCAGCCAAGAAUUAUAAUGGCUAUGGCUAGAGAUGGAUUGCUUCCGCCCCUGUUCUCAGCUGUUAAUCGACAAACUCAAGUGCCAAUGUUGAGCACAAUUUUGACAGGGACGUGUGCUGCUAUCCUGGCUUUUUUCAUGGACGUCUCCCAAUUGGCAGGGAUGGUAAGCGUGGGAACCUUAUUGGCAUUUACUACGGUUGCCAUUUCUGUUUUAGUAGUAAGAUAUGCUCCUCCAUAUGAGAUGCCAAUGGAAGUGGCUCUUGCAGGAACACCUGAGACAUUAACUUCAUGCUCUGGGCACUCAGAACAGGAUGAGCAAAAUUUGGAAGAUCCUUUUGGCAAUGCACCUGCUGUCAGUGAGAUAGUCAGCAAAGCAAGGCGACAGAAAGCCAUGAGAAGCAUAGUAUUGAUAUGCCUUGGGGCCAUCAUCUUCAUUUCUGCGGUUUCUCUCUCCUCUUUGCCAUUUUAUGUGCGAAUGACUGCAUGCACCAUAGGCGGGCCGCUACUGUUGAGUUCUUCCAUUGUGCUUUUGUGCAUUGGACAAGAUAAGAGCUCUUUGGGACAAACUGGAGGCUUCAUGUGCCCAUUGGUUCCAUUCCUUCCAAUUUGUUGCAUCAUCGUCAACGCAUACCUGCUUAUGAACCUUGGGAGUCACACAUGGAUUCGUGUUUCCAUAUGGAUGGCGGCUGGCGCGCUCAUAUACCUCUUCUACGGCCUGAAACACAGUUCAUUAGCAGGCAUGGCCUACCAUCGCAUAUCGCAUUCGUAGUUCAACGUUGGGUUUGGGUAGACUUCUUUUGCAUUUCUACAGCAGAGAAAUGAGCCCAGGAGAUUUGAAGAAGGAACAGGAGAAGCUCUGAAAGUCUGAACCCUUACGAGCGAAGACAGGCACAUGUAGGGAAGAGGCAUUGUACAGUCUCGUAUGGGCUUGUUUUUUUUUUUCUCUGGCAAUUUCACAAACUACUGGGAAAGCUACCACUGUAAAUUUCUGAUUCUUUUGGUACAAGGGGGGAAAUUACAGGAGGCAUUCAUUAGUUGAUAAAGGCUUGUUGGGCUCCAACUGUAGCCUACCUUAACUUUCUUGGGACUAAUAAAGGCUUUGUUGUUGUAGCAGCUCCUGUGCAUGCAUCUUAUAUUAGUCUCUUUUUUUCAGAAGGAAAUUAAAUUGUGCGUAUGCUUUUUUUUCUAUUUUUUUAGUUCUUUAGACGAUUUUUCGAGUGAUAGGGAAUUGUGCUCGGGUAGUUCUCCUGGGCCCAUAAUCACAGGAGGUGGAGGUCCAAAAUGGGCCGGGUCGAAACUUGUUGUGGGUUUAGCUUGGCCUGCUUCUCCUCUCCUCUUCUUAUCCCUCUCCUGCUUAUCCAACGCACCCAUUCCACUCCGUCCGUCCAUCCAUCCGCCAUGGCGACCGCCACGCUGCUGAGCUCCGCCUUCGCCAUGCCCGCCGCCGCCCGGAGGGCCUCCUCCUCCUCUUCCUCCACCUCCCUGGGCUUCGCCACGUCGCAGCUCGCCGGCCUCUCCCUCUCCGCCGCCGCGCCCGCUUCAACCGCGGCGGCCCCCCUCCUCAAGAGGCCGAUCCAGCCCAUCGUCGCGCGCCGGGUGUGCCCCUUCACUGACAAGAAGACGAACCGGGCGAACAAGGUGUCCUUCUCCAACCACAAGACCAAGAAGCAGCAGUUCGUGAACCUGCAGUACAAGAAGCUGUGGUGGGAGGCCGGCAAGCGCUUCGUCAAGCUGCGCCUCUCCACCAAGGCCCUCAAGACCAUCGAGAAGCACGGCCUCGACGCCGUCGCGCGCAAGGCCGGCAUCGACCUCAACAAGAAGUGAGCCGAGCUUGAGUAGUCGAGCCGGUGGCGGCGGUAUGGUCAGGCCGAGCAAUCUCGCGAACCGAUGCCACUAGCUUAGUCUCGUCUGUCUCAAUUUCUGCUGCUGCUGCUGCUCAUUCAGUCAUACAGUAUUUUUCCUUUCCUCCCUAAUUUGAUUUGCAUCCAACCAAUGUAGGCACAUCGAGGUUGCAUAUAUUUUUAUUCUGUGGAAAGAGUUGAUGUUUCUUCCUCU